AUUCUCAGUUUCAGCGAUGUCGUUAUUACCUUAGGUGAGAGAGAGUUUGGAUUGAAUCGUAUAGGUUCAGACGUUAAUGGCUGAAAAUGGUGAAGACAAACUCAUCGCAGUGGCUCGCCACAUUGCUAAGACUCUUGGCCGGACCGAGACCAUGGCUGAUGACAUUCUUCAGUUCUUCUCCUCCUUCGACGGCCGCUUCUCCAGAGAGAAGUUGUCUGAGAAGAUCAACAGCGACGAUCCUCGAAGUUAUGCUGCCUUGGAGCAGACUCUGAAAUCUCUUGAUCGUCAGAUCUCUCAGUAUGUCUCGGCUGAUCAGCCCAUUUGGUCUGUUUCUGCCGAUGCUUCUGCCUUCCUCGACGCCAUAGAUGAAUUACUCUCCACAUCCAGGGAUUGGAAUUCCUUAGCUGGCGAGAAAUCGAUUGCUGCUUGUUUGGAUCGCGUCGAUGAACUACUUCAGCAGGCGAUGUUUCGGCUUGAAGAGGAGUUCCGAAUGUUGAUCGAACAGAGCGCUGAGGCGUUUGACCUCAGCCGCUUGUGCGAUAAAUCCGAGACAACUGGGAAUUACUCGUUCGUCUCGGACGACGAUGAAGAUGUGGAUGCUGAUGGGGACGAAGACGGAGAAGGUCGGAUUCCAGUUGCCCGGCCGGUCUCAGAUUACGAUAUCAUGAUCGAUGCUCUCCCCUCGGGGACGAUCAACGAUCUACACGAAAUCGCCAAGAGAAUGGUCGCUGCUGGGUUUGGCAAGGAGUGCUCUCAUGUCUAUAGUAGUUGCAGAAGAGAUUUCUUAGAAGAGAGCAUAUCCAGGUUAGGAUUACAGAAGCUGAGCAUCGAAGAAGUUCAGAAAAUGACGUGGUCGGAGCUCGAAGAUGAGAUUGAGCGGUGGAUCAAGGCUGCAAAUAUGGCACUUCGGAUUCUUUUCCCCAGCGAACGACGACUCUGUGAUCGUGUCUUCUUUGGCCUCUCUUUUGCUGCCGAUCUCUCGUUCAUGGAGGUCUGUAGGGGAUCCACGAUCCAGCUCUUGAAUUUCGCUGACGCGAUUGCUAUUGGGAGUAGAUCGCCCGAACGCCUGUUCAAAAUCCUCGACGUCUUUGAAACCCUAAGGGACCUGAUGCCCGAAUUUGAUACCCUCUUCUCCGAUCAGUACUGUUUGUUCCUUCGGACUGAAGCGGCGACGAUCUGGAAAAGACUUGGCGAAGCCAUCAGAGGAACUUUCAUGGAAUUGGAGAAUUUGAUCAGAAGAGAUCCUGCAAAGGCCGCAGUGCCAGGUGGCGAUCUUCAUCCAAUCACUCGAUAUGUGAUGAACUACCUACGCGCAGCCUGUGGAUCACGCCAGACUCUCGAGCAGAUUUUCGAAGAGAGCCUCCCAUAUGCUGGAGAUUAUAGGAACUCUGACAAAAUGGAUCGAUCCACGACUUCUUCAUUAUCAGUUCAAAUGGCUUGGAUCAUGGAGCUCCUAGAGAGCAAUAUAGAGGCAAAAUCGAAGAUUUAUAGAGAUUCGGCUCUGAGCUCUGUUUUCUUGAUGAACAAUGGUAGGUACAUUGUUCAGAAGGUGAAAGAUAGCGAAUUGGGGUCUCUUCUUGGUGACGAUUGGAUUCGUAAACAUACUGCAAAGGUCCGCCAAUGCCAUGUGAAUUAUCAGAGGAACUCGUGGAGCAAGGUUUUGGCAGUGUUGAAGAUGGAUUUUAGCUCGCUGGCUCCAAAUUCGGCUUCCAGGUUAAUGAAGGAGAAGCUCAAGGACUUCAAUUUACACUUUGAGAAGAUGUGCAAAACCCAAUCCACAUGGAUUAUUGUUGAUGAGCAGCUUCGGACAGAGCUUAGGAUUUUUGUUGCUGGGUAUGUACUACCUGCGUAUAGGAACUUAUUAGGAAGGUUGCAAAAUGCUCCUGAAAUAGGGAGGCAUGCGGAGAAGCACAUCAAGUUCAGCUUGGAGGAUAUUGAGGCUCGGAUUAAUGAGUUAUUCCAGGGAGGUGGUGGAUCUGCUGGCGACCGGAAAUGAAGAGGGAAAAAGGCUGUAGUCGUAUGUUAGUUUUGUUAAUUCGUGCUUUUACAAUGCAUGUGAUUGCUGGUCAUGUAUUUGUCUGUGUGUUGCCAAGUAGCUGUGUAUUACACCAGAAUCAAAGUAUAUGUAAAUGACACAAUCUUCUCAGAGAUUAUUACAAUCUACAUAUUAGA